AAGAAUUGAAAAAUGAACAGAAAAUAAAGAAAACGAAGCCCGAUCAAGUGGAAGCAAAACACAAGCAAAAAACGACGACGCGAUUUGGACAUUAAUUUUUCGUUCAACAUUAUCUACUUCAAAUCAAGUUGGAAACGAAAGUUUGCGUUUCUUAUCGUUUCCAGUAAAUGAUGAUAUUAGUGUGUUUUCUGUAACUGUUCCGGAGGAACGGAUCGCAUCGAAAGUGGUUAUCGGUUAUUGUUUUUUUUUUGAGCUCUUCAAAUACCGUUCGCGUGUGUCCCAUUUUUCUUUCGUAUUCGAUUGAUGUUAGAAAUUUGUAUUAUACCUGAUUGUUAUUAAAGCCUAUGUGGUGAUGAUAGUCUUAAUACAUUACUGAAAUUGCUAAAGUGAAUUGUAUUAUAAGACGAAUUACGUCGACUUCUAAGAAUUGAUGACUAACGCAAAUCGCCAUUAAAACAUUUAACAUAAGUACCUAUCAUCGAUCGAAGAAAGGACAUUCAUUAGUGGAAGAUUUUUAACGAGCGGAAUAAAAUUAUGUCUUCGCUUUCGGCUAGCGCUGAGAAUCUCUCCAGUGAUCAGAACAACGACGGUUCGUCAAUGUGUCUGGAAUUGGCACUGGAGGGCGAGCGCUUGUGCAAAUCUGGCGAUUGCCGCGCGGGUGUAGCAUUCUUCCAGGCGGCGAUCCAGGCAGGAACCGACGAUCUUCGCACAUUGAGUGCAAUCUACAGUCAACUGGGAAAUGCCUAUUUCUAUUUGGGUGACUAUACCAAAGCGAUGCAGUAUCACAAACAUGAUCUGACUUUGGCCCGCUCGAUGAACGACAAGCUUGGCGAAGCCAAAUCGUCCGGUAAUCUAGGAAACACUCUGAAAGUGAUGGGACGGUUUGAUGAAGCGGCCAUAUUCUGCCAGCGGCACCUUGCGAUCGCUCAAUCACUGGGGGAUCGUUUAUCUGAAGGACGGGCACUGUAUAAUCUAGGAAAUGUAUAUCAUGCCAAGGGAAAGCAGCUGGGACAGAAAGACCCAGGCGAUUUCUCCGACGAAGUAAAGGAGUCGCUUAUGCAAGCUGUUGACUAUUAUCAGCAAAAUUUAACACUAAUGAAGGACCUCGGCGAUCGAGGAGCUCAAGGACGAGCUUGCGGAAAUUUGGGAAACACGUAUUAUCUCUUGGGAAACUUUGAAACUGCCAUCGAACAUCAUCAGGAACGUCUGCGUAUUGCCAGAGAAUUCGGUGAUAAAGCAGCAGAAAGGCGAGCCAACAGUAAUCUAGGGAACUCACACAUUUUCCUGGGACAGUUCGAACAAGCAGCCAACCAUUACAAACGCACACUGACGCUAGCAAUGGAACUCGGCGAGCGUGCCGUGGAAGCGCAAGCUUGCUACAGUCUCGGAAAUACUUACACACUGUUGCGAGAUUUUCCGACGGCUAUUGAUUACCACCAACGGCACCUGGCGAUCGCCCAAGAGCUUGGCGAUAGAAUUGGUGAAGCACGAGCCUGUUGGAGUUUGGGAAAUGCUCACUCGUCGAUUGGCAAUCACGAAAAGGCCCUGCACUAUGCGAACUCUCACUACCUGCUAGCGAAGGAGCUCGGUGACAUGGUUGGUGAAAAUACUGCCAAAAUGAACAUAUCGGAUCUGCGGAAAAUACUCGGCUUGCCGGAACUACCGGUGGACAGUGCGUCCAUGGUGGCAAUUGACAAUGAUACUCUACAGGAAUUGACCAAUCAGAAUACUCAAAUCGGUGGCACGGGUUCCCAGGCUGGCGCUGGCAAGGGAGGUGUUGGUGGCUUAUUAUCUAAGCAACACCGCGUGCGGCGGCAGAGUAUGGAACAAUUGGAUUUGAUUAAGCUAACUCCGGAUGGUAAAAAGAUGGUAAAUGUGCAUGACAAACAGCUACCACAAUCGGCACUUGCACAACAGCAGCAACACAAGGGCAGCAACAAACAGGACGAAAACCUAUUCAAAAACAACGACGAAGACUUCUUCGAAUUGUUGACUCGGUCGCAGAGCAAACGAAUGGAUGACCAGCGUUGCACUUUAAAGUUGACUCACGCCGAGAGUGUCGAUUCCGCUAGGAAACCAUUGACACAGCACAACAGUAAUGCUGCGGUAGCCAAGGAGAACAGAAAUGCUCUUCUGGAAAUGAUCGCCGACUUUCAAUCAGAACGAAUGGAUGAACAACGAGCUUUGCUGCCAGGUCUGAAGCGAAUUUCGCUCAACAAUUCAAACAACGUUACAAACCGUCCAGCCGAUGUUAGUACAACAACCGGUAACAGUCAGGCACCACAGUCCCAGCAGCCGCCACCGUCCGACGGGAUAGGUACACCGCCGGAUGAUGCCUUCCUGGAUAUGCUUAUGCGAUGCCAGGGUUCUCGAAUCGAGGAACAGCGCUCGGAACUUCCAACACCAAACAUCACAAUGGACGCGGAGUCAAGUGACAGGCGUACGGCUACUGGCAAUUCUAACAGUGGAGCCACAGUUCCGGAUGAGGAUUUCUUUUCGCUUAUUAUGCGUCUUCAGGGAGGUCGCAUGGAAGAUCAACGAGCUACGGUACCUUUGCAUAGCAACAAUAACAACAACAACAACAAUCGCAGCACCAAUAACAACAACUUAAAUUAUAACAACAACAAUCACAACCACAACAACAAUAGUAACAACCAAGGAAAUAGUUCAACACAACCGAAUGGGAACGGAAGCAGUCAGAGCCAAAAUUCAUCGUACCGCGGCAAUGGUGGCGGUCGAGAACUCAAAUGAUUUUAUUCGUUCAAUCUAUAGAUAUCAGAAUAGUUCUUUCUGAAGUAAGCCGUACUGUAUAUUACGGUUGUUUCCAUUGUAAUUCGACAUAUGUGCAGUCACGCAUGUAUUCAGAAGCAUAACGAAGCUUGACCCAAGCUGACAGUACCGGCAAAAACGACGAUAUCAUACGAUAGUAAUUUGUCCGCGCCAUAUUUUUUUCCUAGUUGCGAGAGUGUGUGUGUGUUUAUGUAUUUUUAUGAAAUAUUAGUUGUAGGGAUGAUAUACGUUUGCAUACUUUUUAAACAAAAACCAUCCCUUCGAUAGAUUUGGGUAAAAUUCCAAUAGUUUAGUUUAUUUGCAUGCAAUUUACUAAUUUGUAAAUAAUAUAGAUUGUAAUAGUAAGACAUUCCUUCAUAUUUCACAUUGUAUCGUGCAGCAUUCUCAGAAGAGAACAUUGAAAAUAUAAGACUAACAAUCUAUCUGUUACAUGAUCUAACGAGUGUGAGAGAACUUUUUUCUCUUUUGUCUGCUUAAUAUAAUAUAAUCAAACAAUUAGAACGACCAAAAUAAAUCAUAACAAACAAGUGCAGUCGCUUUAAUUCCCUAGUACGGUAAUUCUAGCAAAUAAAAUUACCCUAAGUCUAGAACAAAAGCCAUUUAUCUAGAUACUAAGCCGUCGGAAACAAAACUCACAGAUGUCAGGUCAGGUGAAUUUGUAUAAUUUUGAAUCUGUUUGUUAGACAAGAAAUCGUGAAGUUGUUCUUCCGCGAAUUCUUAUUUAUUUGCAAUAUGUUUAUCUCUUAGUGAGGGUAAGAUUAAGAAAAGACCCAAUUACACAAGAAUACAAAUCUAGGCAUUUAAAAUUGCAUACUUUUAUUCUGCUAUCUAUUUAUAAGGCGAGAGUGUCAUCAAAUCUUCCAACCUUUAGAGCAAAUCACUUAUAUAAUAUAUACAAAAACUAAAACAAUACUAACAA